CCCAAUCACACUAUUCCCGCUCCCCUCAAAUAAACCACUCAAAAAAGGGGGAAAAGAAAUAAAUCAUUUCCUCACCGCCCCCACACGGCGGCGAACCGCAAUCCUCGAUGUCGGCUCCAGAGCAGCGCGGCCUCCUCCUCCGCAGCGGCAACCAGCCGCCUCUCUGCAAGCAGAACUCGUGGUCCCCGGACAUCCUCCGCGACGAGGCCUGGACCAACCGCCGCCGGAGCCACCGCCUCCGCCGCGGCCGCAGCGUCACCGACGAAGACCUCGAAGAGCUGCGCGCCUGCUUCGAGCUAGGAUUCAAUUUCGAUUCCCCCGAUCUGGAUCCGAAGCUCUCCUCCGCUUUCCCCGCGCUCGAGCUCUACUGCGCCGUCAACAGGCGCUACACCAAUAGCCUCUCCCGAUCUUCCUCCGCAUCCUUCUCCGAUUCCGAUUCCGCUUCCUCAACUCUUGAGAGCUUCGGAUCGUUCAUCGAUCCAGGCGAGAAUCCGGAGAUGGUGAAAACGAGAUUGAAGCAAUGGGCGCAAGUGGUGGCGUGUUCUGUGCGCCAAUCUCCGCCUAACUUAUGAUUGGGUUGUUGUUUGUUGCAAAAUUGCAAUUUUAGCUAAUUAAUUAAUACAGAUAAUCAAACUUUUUUGCCUAUUAAAUGGGUUGUUGUAAAUAACAUUUUUCUUUAAUUGCUGUUUGAGCUUUCUUUCCUAUUUUUGGAACGUAUCAUUGAUGUAUUGAAUAAAAGGAAAGAGCAAAUAAAAGAAAAAGAAACUUUGUGUAAAA